AUGGCUACUCCGCAAAACAGUUUGUACGAUGCCCUCGCAGAGGACGCGAAAAAAAUCCGCGAACUCGGCAAAUCUUGGGGUUUAGACGACGCAGACAUAGAUGGUUGUUUCCAGCGCGCCUUGGUAGUUGAUAAAGCUCCAAUCAGGCCCCGUAGAAGCCGAGUUUGCAGGUGUCUUGUCCUGUCGUUCGUCGGCAUUUUCGUUCUUCUGAUCGUGCUGUACGGGUUGGUGAAUUUUCACAAACCCUCUAAGCACUUCGCAAUGCGCCAUGCGCAGGACGUUUUAUACCCGUUUAUGAGAGCAGUUAGACGUGCAGCCCUACCAUUGAGGCAAGUUUUCGAUUUAUCUGGUCUCCAUGAGCUGGACUGUUUGGUGCCCAACCCUCUCUUCGGCAAGUUUGAUGAAUUUGACUGCUGGCCGUGCGAGGAGAUAAGAGAAGUCCGCACCUUCCGAAACCUGAGCAAUUUCACAAUGUACUACUAUCACUCUGGUAUUCCCUUUGUCGUCAAGGAUGCCAACAUGAGCCAGGUCACGUUCGACGACGUCAAGUCCGUCUACCUGGACAAUGCAGAGCAGUUCAGCCACAGCGCAUCUCUGGUGCAGAGCAACAAUGCCUUCAUCCGCAGCAUCAGCGACCUCCUGACCCCCAGCAGGACCUUGGAGGACUUGUUGGGCACUGAUUUCCACCUGCAGUGGCGGGUCCUGAAGGCUGGUGGGGUGAGGUUAAUCCGAAGCAUGUCUCCCAAGCCGUACUUCGUCCCCGAGAAGGCUGAGGUGGCAUCCGAGAUGUUUGUGAUGAUACACACCCCCGCUGCAGAGGCACACCCACUGCCGUUGCCGGAACAUCCCAAUGCCUGGUUGACCCAGGCCUGUGGGUCGCAAGAGGUUGCGUUGACCCCGGUGUCAGCCUGCAAGGAGAACUGUACCGAAGUCCGCAUUGUCCUCCAACAGUCAGAUGUGUUGUUCUACACACCGCGGUUCUGGCAGCUGAACGCUUUUUCUUUCGGCAAUGAAGUCAGCAUCGCAUUUCAGGGUUCUUUCUUUUGAGAAGAGAUCUACAUCUUGUUCUAUCUCUUGGACAGACUCAGAGCUGUGUCUAGAGAGAACUGCUUCAACUUGAGACUUUGAAACCCUCAUGGUUGUUCAUUAUGGCGUGCAGCACAGCAUGAAGCUGUUGUGUGGGAACCGCCCAUGUACACUGACGCAUAAUCCACCAUGUUGGUGCCAACAAUGGAGACACUCAUGUCGCAACUCUCUCUAUAAACAGUCCUAGUUAGACCUACAUGUACUAAAAAUGAACACAGAAAAGCAUCGUUAAAUUAGAUUUUAACUGGUUUCCAGUAUUCAUACUCAUGCGCACUGUGAGACAAAGAACACCAUACACCCAUUGUUUCCAAACUGAUUGGAAAAUGGAACAACCUCAUUAAACUCAGCUUUCGAUGCUAAAACUUUCAUUCUCAUUGUUUUAAUAAGUUCUUCUUUGCUGAUCACAGUGUCCCCCAAAUAAUUAUUUCUUUGUUUCGAGGUAUAAAAAGUUUCACUGCUUCGAAUGCUGGUAUAUUAAUACUGAUGAAUAUUUGCUUGGAAACUCUGGCAUAAAUCACACUCAGCUACUGCAGGGCAGGACUUCACUGGGGCAUCAGCGGCAAGCUUUGAUGCCUCUGCUCUUUUCCUGGAUGACCAAUGAAAUUCUCCGGUAGACAAGUUGAUUUUUCUUUUAUAGAGAUUUUUUUUGCCGAAGAGAAAUCGCCUCGUCCCUCCAAGAACACAGCCCCUUCAUGGCACAAGUACAUGUGCCACAGGUUGCUUUCCCAGCACUAUUUUUCCACAUCUGGAUCCAUUACAUAAAAAAACAUUUCCUUUUGGUCACUUUCACUUCUGGUCUCACUGCUAAUCUUCAACACUCUUUAUCCAAACACGUGGACCAUAUUAAGAGGAAUUAGUACUGUCCAUACAAAUAUUUUCACUUCCACUAGCAUGACAUAAUUUCACUUUCGCUGUGCACUAAGGGACACGUGCAGUAUAACUGUCCAUAUCAUGACACCCAUGCAAAUACAUGUACUGUGGAGGUUUGUGCGCAUUCUGAUGAAAAUUAGUCAGGUUUACUUCAAGGUUUACUUCAAGACUUACACUUAUGCAUGCGAAUUAGUGUGGCCAUGCAUCUAGCCCUCUGCUGGUGACUCUUACAGCAGUUUCACUGCACCACCUCCAGUUCAAGGAUUCUUUAGAUUUUCAACUGGCAAAACAUAAAUGAAAAACACUAUGUAGUGGCUUGUGUCGAGUGUGAAGGUGUGUACUCCUGUAGUUAGUUAUGUUUGGUGUCUGAAAUAAAAGCCGUGUUAAUGCUGUUGCAAUGAUA